AUCAAAGUUUGUUGAAAAUUAUGGUGCUGUGGGCGUCGAAGAGGAGGAGGAAGUUGAUCAAAAUCGACAGGAGGCUCUGCGGGAGAUGCUGGACGACACAGAAGAUGCUAUAGCUUUGGCUAAUGAAGUGAUGCGCGAUAGUCGGAAACAGCGUAGUACAACUAGAAAAAAGGAGUCCACCACCAACGUGAACGUCGACCGAAGACAAGAAGAAGAUGUAGUCCUGGGAAUAGCUGCUGAUGACGUUGACGACCGAGAUGCGGAUGUGAAGAUCGGUGAGCACCAGAGUUUUUCUUUGGUAGGCAGAGAGCGGUCGUCUUCUGCUGUUAAUUCUAGGGAUACAACCACAACCAGUGGCGCUAAGGAACCUAGAAAAACCAGCAAAGCAAGAGUGCGACGCUUCCUUGAUGACAGGCGUUCCUCU